AUGGGUGUGGGCCUUGCAAUAGGUCCUUUGGCAGUCAAAGUGCCUUGGAACAACAUGUUCAAAAUUCACCAGCACACGCGGCAUCAUUCGGCUUACUCGCCUGUACAUACCAUCACAUAUGGGUGUGGGCCUUGCAACAGGUCCUUUGGCAGUCAAAGUGCCUUGGAUCAACAUGUUCAAAAUUCACCAGCACAUGCGGCAUCAUUCCACUGUGAACUUUGCAACCGAACAUUUGGCAGCAGAGACGCCUUGGAACAACACAUCGAAUAUUCAAAAGCACACAUCGCGCCGCCCAGCACACCGUUAGAUGAAUUCUUCCAAUCCUUCGCAGGCUUCAGUUACAAUCCAAAACUACCUCCAUCGGAAUCUUAUGCCCAGCUUAAGAGGUUCUGUCGCUGGAGAGAAUACGAUAUAAAGGAUAAAGAAGCCUGGGAACAAUAUCAAUCCGCUUUAGAAGCGGAGGUGAAGAUGUGGUUUGGAGCAGAGGAUGACCUUGGCGCCUGGCAUUCUCUUUGUCGCGCUAUAGGAAUGGAGCCUUUGCCUGCAACCUGUAAACAGGCUGUGAAUGCUGUCCGAGGUGUGUUCGUCAAUAUUAUUGAUUUGAUCGCCUGGGCUCGAAGUGGGAGCACGAACAAACGGGUGCGAAUGUUUCCAAGCCUAGGAAAGCUACGAGAAUACACCAAGAAAACGAAAAAGGUCUUCCAAAAUCGUCUUGAUGAGGAGGGUGAUGAUGGAAACGUUGUCCUUAGGCAUCUGCUCCGAUUCAUUUUUCGGACAACGCCGAGUGAGCUCCGUCGUAAUGGCCAUUGA